AUGCCUGCGUCGACGAAGAAAAAAUCCAAGAAUGGCCAACGCACGAAGGCCACCAACAAGACAAAGGUGCGUGAGAUAUCUCCAGGUACCAAGAUCAUCGAGGACCUUACCAGCACCGAUGUUUUGUUGGGAAGAGGCAACGGAGUGGCAGGGUUUGUGGGCAACCAAAACUUCCGCAAGUUGGUCUGGUCGCAAAAAGAUGCCUACGCCAGCGCUUAUCGUAACGAAAAGGGGGUUGUUGCCGUUAGGGUCAUGAGAUUGGUUGCUCAACAAGAUCCUCCCGGUCGCUUCGUCGAACGAAUUGGUCCCAAUCAUUUCUUCGAGGUUGACGAGUCGAAAGCCUUAGAAAAAACUUGCCAAGCCCUUCGUGAGAAGAAAAACAAGAGACCUCCUGGUUUAAUCAUGACACAGCGUCCUCAUGUCGUGAAGCCCAAAGAGCUACGAGCUGCUAGCUGCCCUCAGACGGAAGGAAAGGUCUCGACAAACUCGAAACGAACGAAGCGCUCGACUGUGCGGAAAUCAGGUUCAAACAAAAUUGCGGGAAAAGAAACGAAGGCGAAGCUAGUGAAAAGAAAGACUACAGGAGCAAAGGUAAAGCUGUCUCCGAGGAUUCAAAUUAAGGGUAUUAGCAAGAUAAGUGCUCCUCUACCUCCUCCACAGCGGAAGUACCCAGCGAAGUCGCCACGCAAGACCCCGUACAAGCCGAAUGAGACUACUGCGAGUAUUUCUGAGGGAAGCACUGGGAAGCAAAUGGAGAUACAAUCUCCCACUGAGCGGACGUCUCAUCAAGGCACUUGCACGAACACGAACCACAAUGUUGUCGCAACGAUGCGCACCACGUACGAAGGAACACCCGGCGCGUGCUACAAACCUCAAGAUGCCAAUAGUGACAACGUGAUGAGUGAACAGGAAUGCAUUGCCUACACAUCCCCCAUUGCAAAUACUCUCAAACGCGGCUCAACGAAGGAUAUGGAUUACGAGUUUGCUGCUCUUCCCCCACACCUGACUGCUUUUUUCAGUGGAAUUUAUUCCAACCAUUCCUGUUUUGGGGAUGACGGGACACAGUCAAAAGCUAUUGCUAUCACACCAAUCUAUGAGGCUCCUCCAACCACCACGUUGCCAGCUACAUGGAGUCAUCCAAGCAAUGAACUUGCUAGCUUCACAAGUUUCUUGUGGGGUAACGUGGGCAAAAACACCACAUCCACAUCUGCCCAGAAGUCAUCUUCAGAAUCGCCUCCAACUGUUGUGGACUUCGAUUUCAUAACUCCUCCCAGUUUCGGAGAGCCACAGCAAUCCCUCUUGCUUGAUGAUAUCAAUGACGGGACAAGUUUUUGUGACGAGCACUUUCCGUCUCUAUCCGAAGAAGAUUUUGCUAUGUUUAUGGUGUAA